UGGCCUGGUGAUGAGCAGUGCGGUGAGCCUGCCUGGGGGGCUGACUCCGCCACUUCGGGAGCCUCCGGUGCAGCGAGGCAGUGUCUGUGUGGGGCGGCUGGACACGGGACCCCAGCUCCAUGGCCACCCGUGUGUUCCUCUUGGGCAUCCUGCUCCUGCUGCUGCCCACGCCUGUCCCCGCCCCCUGCCAUACUGCCGCACGAUCUGAGUGCCGGCGGCGUAAUCUCAAGUUCGUGCCUGGCUCAUGGCUGGCGGGGGAGGGCGUGGAUGUGACCAGCCUCCGCCGCUCAGGCUCCUUCCUGGUGGACACACGGCACUUCCUACGGCCCGACGGCACCUGCACCCUCUGCCGCAACAGCCUACAGAACACCCUCCAGCGCCUGCCCCUGGCACUCACUGACUGGCGCGCCUACAGCUCGGUCUGCCGGCGCCAUGUGGCCAAGGCCCAGACCAGCUCCAUAGAGGAUGUGGCCAAGGAUGCAGCUGCCAGCAUCAAAAAUGACUGGCGGGUAGGACUGGAAGUGAAUCCCAAGCCCAGCUCCAGUGCUCGUGUAUCAGUGGCCGGCUCACAUUCCAAGGAGGCCAAUUUUGCGGCCCAGAAAAGCCAACAGGACAAGUACAGCUUCAGCAUCGACUCAGUGGAGUGUCGCCUCUACAGUUCUCACCUGGUACACUCUCCACCACUCCACCCUGAUUUCAAGAAGGCCCUCAGGGACCUGCCCCCCCACUUCAAUGCCUCCACCCAGCCCGACUACUUCAGACUCAUCUCCAACUAUGGCACCCACUUCAUCCGCUCUAUGGAGCUGGGGGGCAGGAUCUCUGCCAUCACCGCCCUGCACACCUGCGAGCUGACCCUGAACGGGCUCACGGCCGAUGGGGUGGGGGACUGCCUGUCCGUUGAGGCCGAGGUCAGCAUAGGCGGCCGUGCCAGCUCCUCGGCGGAAUUCAAGGCCUGUGAAGAGAAGAAGAAGCAGAGCAAGAUGACAACCUCCUUCCACCAGGCCUACCGGGAGCGCGAGUUGGAGGUUGUAGGCGGCCACCACACCUCCGUGCCUGACAUGCUGUUCGGGAACCACGCUGGGCCUGAGCAAUUCGCAACCUGGGUGACCUCACUGCAGGACAACCCUGGCCUGGUGGACUAUACCCUGGAGCCCCUGCACGUGCUGGUGGGGAAACAGGACCCCCGGCGGGAGGCACUGCAGCAGGCCGUCAGCCAGUACGUGACACACAGGGCCCGCUGGCGGAACUGCAGCCGGCCCUGCCCCCCGGGGCAGCAGAAGAGCCAAAACGACCCCUGCCAGUGUGUGUGCCACGGCUCGGCCGUCACCAGUGAGGGCUGCUGUCCCCGGCACAGGGGCCUGGCCCAGCUAGUGGUUAGGGACUUCCAGGCAACAGGUCUGUGGGGAGACAUAUUUACUGCCACGGAUGCCUAUGUGAAGGUUUUCUUUGGAGGCCAGGAGCUGAGGACGGGCACAGAGUGGAACAAUAACAACCCCCAGUGGAAGACACGGCUGGACUUUGGGGACGUGCUCUUGUCCACAGGGGGGCCCCUAAGGGUGCAGGUCUGGGAUGCAGACUAUGGCUGGGACGAUGAUCUUCUCGGCACCUGCGACCGGGCACCACAGUCUGGCUCUCAGAAGGUGGAGUGUAACCUGAAUCAUGGCAGGCUGAAAUUCUUCUACGAUGCCAAAUGCCUGCCUCACCUGACAGGGGGAACCUGCCUGGAUUACGCUCCCCAACCGCUUCUGGGGGAGCCUCCUGGAAACCGGAGUGGAGCAGUAUGGUAACAACCGGGGGCCUUGAGGGGACCUGUGUGCCUGGCCUGAAGGGAUCCUCACCCAGGGAGCCGGGGCCAUUCUAUCUUCCUGCCCCCACUAGACAGAUGGAACACGGAGGCCUUUUUUCUUCAGUGAGGCGGCUGAAUUUACAGGCCAGCCCUGGGUCUCCCUGUCCAAACAGCCUUGGCUUUCCAAUGUCCCCGAGCCCGGGAAAGGAGCUGGGGCUGCAGUCUUGGCCACACGGGCUUCGGUCAGGCGCUGCGCAGAAGGCCAGGAGGCCGUCCCCUCCAGGCUGUUUGGUGUCACUGAAGAGCUUCCCUCGCAGCUUUUUAUAACACGGCGAGCUGCUCGUCGUGGUAGGUCUAACCCCUCUGUCCCCAGCGGGCCUAUUCGCCGUCCUCUUGCCCGCCUCCUUUGCCUCUCUGGUGACCUAAGGGCUAUCGUGACCUGUCUCAUUGUGCAUGCAACCUGCCAGAGGACUAAUAAACGUGACGUGAUGACAACUAUGAUGGUGGUAGUUGUGGCAGAGGAUGGCGUGGGGACCAAACACAGCCCUGGAGAUCAACUUCUGCUCUAGCAACCCCAUACAGCGGGACAGGGGUACCCCCAGCGGCACUUUUGUUGAAAAUGUGGGGACCCAAAAUAUCUUACUUUCCCCAUAGCUCUCCUAUUUGAGAAACAGCAGCAUAGACUUAGUGAUAAGUGGCAACAGACGUUCGGCUGCCCGCUGGGAGACAACGGAGGGGGACGGGGGUGAGGACUAUGGGGAACUGCAGGGCACAUGUCUCAUCCAGGGGGCUGUCUUCUGCAGGCCAUGACGGAUCUGGGGCAGUCAGUUUGGAAACUCUGACUUGCACAGAGCCUGUCUGACGGGCUGAACAAAGAAGGUGGUGUCGGGGGUUUUCCUGGCCUUGGUGUGCAGUAAACACCGGAGCCUUGGGGUCUGUCAUCAAACGAAACAGUCUUCAUCUCCUGUGCCUGGGACACAGGCCUCAGGACAGGGUGCUGGGGUUCCAAGCAGUCUCCUAGACAUGCUGGGUUUGGGCCGUGCGGGGCUGGGGUCAGAGGGGUUCAGGGCGGCAGCACAGCCCUGACAACUCUCUUGGAAACUCCCUAUAAAUUGAGCCCCUUGAGGUUUAUGUGGACCCCUUGGGUCCAAAGUCCCAAAGUGACACUGGCCCUGAGCCCUGCAGUGGGGCAGGAGGGACUGGCGAGCUCUGAAAGCCAGCUUAAAACUACCACUCUUAACGUGUUUCUGUUCAGAGCCACCCCCCCAUCCCCCCCCCCCACAUACACACACAAGGGCAGAAGAGAAAUCAUGAAAAUUCACGCCGGCCGAGGCACUAACUGGAAAUAAACAUGGGUGGGAACUAUCACCACCCUCUCCCCUGCCACCUCAGGGCAGCGGCAGGCCCGGCUCAGGGAAGUGCCCACAGGGUCAGUGACCCCCACCAAGUCCCUCUGCUCCCUGAGCCUUGGUUUUCCCAAAAGGACAGUCUUUGUUUUACUCCCUUCUCAGGGUGCCAGGAGCUUUUCUAGAAGGUCAGUGCUAUGAAAGGGUCCUGAGAGGUCAUCUGCCUAACUGCUAUGGUUACACAGUUAGUGGCAGAGCCAGGUGCCCUCAAGUCCUGGGCUCCGCCCCAAGCUCGGCUUUGGAAAGGACCGGAGGACUCAGAGAGGCUGGCUCCUGGGGGAACCAGCGGGAAGUGACCAAGGAGAAGGAGGGGCCCGCUCCUGUUGAGGGGCCGCUUGGAGCCCUCAGCCCUAACUCAGAACUCAAUGCGACAUCUUUGUUUCCACCCCACGUGGACAUUGAGACACUUUGUCACACCUGAGGCCCCUCAUUUGUUGGGAAAUCCCCUGCUUUACCAGAUCUCUUCCAUUUGCCCCCGGGUCUUGUCUGCGCCCUGCUCCACGCUGCUCUGGCCCGGGGGCUGCCCUGCCUGACUCUGUCACUGCGCAAGAGAUGGGGGAGCAGAGGGGGAAGACGUCGGGCAUUUACUCCCCUCAGUGUCUCUCAGUGAGGUGGCCUUCGGGUGGUUGUGUCCCUCUUCCGCUCCGGGGGCCCCUGCUUGGCUCUCUCCUUCUCACUUGGGUUCCGGGCACCGCCCCUUCCCUCAUGCCUUCAGACCUCAGGGCGGGAACAGCUCUACAGCAAUGAAUCCCGAGCCCCUGCACUGUCCCUAAUGCCUCCCCACCACCCCUACACCUUUGUAGAUAGGCCCUCUAUAAACAGCCCCCCCAAGUUAUUAUCAUUUGAAUACCCCAUGGGCUUCUGCUACGGUCUGGAUGCACCCCCUCAGUGGUGUUACAGGCGGGGCCUUCGGGAGGAGAGUACACGGGAUUACUGCCCUUGCAAAAGAGGCCCCAGGGAGACCCCUUGCCCUUUGAGCCAUGUGAGGGUGCAGCGAGAAGGCACCAUCUAUGAACGGGGAGCAGCCCACUGAGUCUGCUGGCACGCCGGCCUUGGUCUUUCAGCCUCCAGAACUGUGAGAGAUAAAUGUCUGUUGUGGAAAA